UUUUCAGAUAAGAAAGGAGUAAUUCAAAUGCAAUUACAUAAACAAGAAGAUCAGAGGGGAAUUAUCCUGAAGAGUAUAAAAUGAACCAAGAGUCUCAGUCAUCACAGCACCAGCUCACCCAUACAAAGUAAGAAUGCCUGCCAUCUUCCUGAUGUGCCUGCUUUUUGGUCUUGCGUGCGGGCAAGCAAUGUCUUUUUGUACUCCGACUGACUAUACAAUGCACAUCGAUAGGCGAGAGUGUGCUUACUGCCUGACCAUCAACACCACCAUCUGUGCUGGGUAUUGCAUGACACGGGAUAUCAAUGGAAAACUGUUUCUUCCCAAAUAUGCUCUCUCCCAAGAUGUUUGUACGUACAGAGGCUUCAUCUACAAGACUGUGGAAAUACCGGGAUGCCCACACCACAUUGCUCCUUAUUUCUCCUACCCUGUUGCUGUAAGCUGCAAAUGUGGCAAGUGUAAUACUGACUAUAGCGAUUGUAUACAUGAGGCCACCAAGACAAACUACUGCACCAAACCCCAGAAGUCCUAUCUGGUGGGAAUUUCUGUCUAAUUAAAAAAAAAGAAAAAGAUACAAUUUGCA